CGUAGGAGGGAAGGCUGGACCUGCGGGUUCAGGGGGGAAAAGAAGAAGAAAGUAAGGCGGUCCAAGAAGAAGAAGGCGACCAAGCCCAACAGGAAGGUUAGGAUGGAGGACGAGCUAUCCAGAUUAGACGAGGAAGAUGAGUCGUCUUCCUUUGAGCGGGCGUCAGCCUUCGACCGAUUGGGAGAUCCUAAAUUGAAGAAGCCCCGAACCUCGGCGUUCGAUCAGUUACAAGAUACUCGGUCGGCCCGCAAGGGCAACCUGAGAGUGAAACUCAAGGAAAGAAGGGGAGAGUCCUCGGCAACGUCCAAGAUUGGCUCGGAAGAGCGACUAAAGGUGGUCGAGGACAAAGAAGCGAUCGAAUUGUGGAGGAUGUGCGAUCGUUUGGAGAAGCGGCUGGAUGCCCAAAAUCCGUACCGCCAGGUGGUCUUUAGUGAAUUGCCCAAGGGAUCGAUUGACAAAUGGAGCGACCUAGCCCACAAAUUCUUGGAGCACUUCGCGUCCAGCUGGAGGCAGAAGCUCCCGUUCUCACACUUGCUCAACGUGAAAAUCCGAAAGGGGGAGCAACUUCGGGAGUUUAUCAAUAGGUGGGAGAAGGAGGCUAGGGACGUCCAAGGGGCGGACGACCAGGCCUUGAUCGCCAUGCUCCAAGCGGCACUCCCUCAGGGGAAUGUGCGCAAGGAGCUGCGACAAUAUCCGCUCUCGACCUACCAGGAAAUGCUAGCCAGGGCGAAGUAUCUGGCGUUGGAGGAAGAAGAUGACGAGCCACCCAUCCGGAAGGAGAAGAAGAGUGGACAGCCAGUAACGGAAGGAAGAAAGAGGAAGGAUUUUGGUAGGGGACCAAACCCUACAGGAUACCAAAGGAGGCCGGCGGCCACCGCCGCAGCGAUCGUCACAGGGGAAGGGCAGGAGGACGGAAGGCGACAUCUGGGGAGAGACUGUGACGACCUAGAUGAAGAAGAGAGGCAGAAUCACCGACAUUUGGGAUGUCGGUUCAUUAUGGGUGGCAACACCGGUGUGGAGUCGGUGUCCUUGCGGAUGAAGUGGAAGAAUAUGGUGCACAUGGCCAAGGUGCAAAGGCCACCGCUGCCCAAGCGGAAGAAGAAGGAACCAUUGAUCUUCACGGAUGAAGAUUACCUGCGAGUUCUCAGUCCUCAUCGGGAUGCACUGGUGAUAAAGGUGGAGAUCAAUAAUGUGGUCGUCCAUCACACGUUGGUCGAUACUGGCAGCUCGGUCAACAUCAUGUAUAGCAACACUUUCAAGGAGCUGGGGUUAUCCCAGGGCGACCUUAAGCCAAUCCAUACCCCGCUGUCAGGAUUCACGGGGGACACUAUUGAAGCAGAAGGAACCAUCACGGUGAAGGCUGGGGAGCGGAUGGGGAUUUACAUCCAAUCCACUAACUUUCUCCUUUGGAGAAUUAUCAAAACUGGUGAGGACGUGCCAAUGAAGAAGGUCGAGGAAACCAACGUCCCUAAGACCGAGGAUGAAUAUGAUGCACAAGACAUCAAGAAGGUGGAAAACAAUGCCAAGGCCAUCAACAUCAUCUAUUGUGCCGUUAACCCGGAUGACUACCGGAAGAUUUCUUGUUGCACCAUCGCAAAGGAAAUGUGGGACAAACUAGAAAUCACCUAUGAAGCCGAUGCCAUUCAAGAGUCCAUCGGCAUCACCAAUGUCACCAUUGACGGACUUAGAGGUAACCUCAAAACCUAUGAGUCCACCAUUCUAUUCCCUUCUUUAGGUGAACAAAAGAAGAAGGGGAUUGCACUCAAGGCUACCUCAAGCCAAAAACCUGCCAUAGAGAAAUCAAGCGAUGAGGACAACGAGUGCGGGCUCGUCAUCAAAAAGUUCCACAACUUCAUGCGAAAAGAGUAUGAACGAAAGGGAAAAAAGCAUGGAGGACCACCCAAGUGCUAUGAGUGUGGAGAAGUUGGGCACAUCAAGCCAAAAUGCCCAAAUGCACAAAAAGAGAAGGAGAAGAAACCGUUCAAGAAGCACCGAGCUUACAUUUCAUGGAGAGGUGAUUCCAGCGAUGAGUCAUCGGAAGGCGAAGAGAAUGAAAGCGCCAACCUUUGCCUCAUGGCACACGAGGAACCACCGGAAGAGAUCAUGAUGGAAGCACACCUCUACGCUCUACAUGAUUGUAUGUGGAUGGUGCUUGAAGAUGGACCCUUGAAAAUCCAAAUGGAGAAUCCAGAGAGAAAUCCAACCAAUCCAGAUGUAGUCCAGUACAUUCCAAAGCCCAAGGAGAAAUGGGAUGAUAGAGAUUGCAAAAAGCACAAUCUGGACAACGUCGCCAAAGCAGGCAUCUUCAAGACACUUGAUCCCAUCACCUUCUCCAAGAUCAUGCAUCUCAAGACAGCCAUGGAGAUAUGGCAAGGUCUUGGGAAGUUAUGUGAGGGAUCAGAGGAUCUGAGAAAGCAGAAGAUAGAGGUCUUGCUCGAGAAGUUCAAAAGCUUCAAAAUGCUUCCCGGAGAAUCAUUUGAUAUGUUGGAUGAAAGAUUCCACAAAAUCUUAAAUGAUCUUGCAUCACUUAACCACGUUCUUUCGCCCAAAGAAAAGAAUGUAAGGUUACUAAAAUCUCUUCCAGCUGAGUGGUACACCAAAGCCACAUCCAUGGAAGAAGGAAGAAAUCUGGAGAACUACGCUGUCCAAGGUCUCCUAGAUGAGCUCAGAACCUAUGAGCACGAGCUGAAGAAGAAGAAGGAAGAACAAGUAACUCCAUUUCCCACGGCACUAAUGACAACUCCAAGAGUCCCAACAAGCGAAGGGACAUGCCCAAGGAACUGUGACACUCCUUCAUCCAGUCAGCCAUCAAAAACGGAGAACUACGAUGAGGAAUUUGCCAUGAUGGUCAAGCAAUUCCGGAAGUUCAAAAAGUUCUUCAAGAAAGCUGACUCAGUCAGAAGGCCAUCCAAGAGAAAGCCACAGGUAAGUGACUCCCCUCCCGAAUCUUAUUUAUGUUAUAAUUGCAGGAAGCCUGGUCAUUGGAAGUCAGCAUGCCCGUACCCAAAAGUGGAGAAGUACGGAGAAAGAGAAAGAAACGAGAAGAAGAAGAAGGCAAUGGUUGCAGCUGAAAGUGACAAUUCAUCCAGUUCAAGCUCAGAUGAAGAAGCCCUCGUCUGUGUAGAGCGUAGAACUGAGAAGUCCAACCAUGAGGAUUGGUGGACUAUGUCAGAAGAUGACACUCUCUGCCUAAUGGCCAAGAAUGAUGCUGAUCAAGAGGUAACUUCACAAACCUUCUGUUCAUCUUCUUAUGAAAGCAUACCAACUUCUGAAAAUAUUUUUGACAAGUUCAAACAGAUGAUGGAAGAUUUUGAGGAAAUAAAUCUUAAACACUCAUCCUUAACAGAAGAGAACAAGCUACUGAGUGAAGAGAAUCUCAAGUUGACUGAAGGUCGGAAAAGUCAACUAAGUGAGAUUACUCAACUCAGGGCAGAGAAUGAAUCUCUUUCUGAAAAGGUGAAAUUCCUCAACAAGGAGCUAAGGAUACUAAAGUCCAAAGAAGCUGUGCAUAAGCUUCUUGAAAAGACCAAACAUAAGGGUCGUGAAGGACUUGGUUUUAACCCCUCCAGUUCCAAAAGGAAAGGGAGAACAACUUUUAUCCCUCCCAAACCUACUGCAAAACCCAAUAAGCAGAAAGGUAAGGAGAAGGAGAAACCUACAGAAGUUCCCAAAAAGGACAUGGCAUCCCUCAAGACCAUCUCGUCAAAUGAAGUCAUUCUGAGUGGAAAGAGAAUCAGAAACAUCUAUGAAGUGAUGUGGGACGAUGUCAAGGAAGCGUGCCUAAUCAGCAAAGUUGACAAGCCAUCAAAGCAUGAUCAUGAGGUUCUUGAUCUCUCAAACAAAGAUGAAGAAAUCAAUGAAGGAGAUAGAAUGAAGCCUACGGAGUUCAUUCCAUUCGGAAGUCUACCUUUGAAGACUUCACAGAGAAAUCCGGACAGUGCUAAGCCUACCGGAAAUCAUGGUCAGCCUUCCAACAUUCCGGAUCACUCACAUGGUGACCAUUCCAGAAAUGGCGGUCAAGAGCCAAUCCAUCCGGAAACACCAACAAACUCUGUUCUUCAACCAGAAGCUGAACUAGAUCAGCCAGUCAAUCCUAACCAACACAAUCUUCGUUGGUUAAGGGAUCAUCCUCCUCAACAAGUCAUUGGAGAUAUUCAAUCAGGCGUUCGCACAAGGAGUGCUCAACAGAAUCUAGAAGCCAUGCUUGCCUGUUUCAUCUCGCAAGUAGAACCAAAGAGCAUUGAAGAAGCUCUAGCUGAUUCUGAUUGGAUCAAUGCAAUGCAAGAAUAACUCAACCAAUUCACCAGAAAU